GCUCAUAUUCAUAAUGGAGUCGGUGGAAUUGUCAGAGGACAUUUCACUGAGGACACAGUUCACUGUCGACAAUUUAGACAUAGAAAUAUUGCCGCUUAUUUACGAGAUUAUUCGCAGGUACAUAUUCCUCAUGAUCUUAUUCAUUUUUAUGUUCAGCAUUGAGAAAGAUCCACAUGACACUUCGCAAAAGGCAAAAGAGUCUCAAGAUACCAGUCACAAAAUCCUAGAGUUACAGAAGAAGUUAGACUCUGCAAGAUCCCAGAUUAAAAGAUUACCAGGGAUAGAGUACAGUAAGGAGGAACAAUUGCAAAAGCUCGAGACUUUGCGCAAACAAUUGAGAUUGAAGCGUGAACUUCUAUUGAAAUAUCGUAAUACAUGUACAUUUGAAAUACCAAAAGUGUAAACGCGCAUGUGCACGUUUGCGAG